CUUUCUUCGUCGCGGGCGAACAGCUGUAGGACGAAGACGCUGGUGAAAUUGGGGCAACACAGUCUAGCCGACGGCAAGGAGGGCAACGGCGGGUUCAAGACGUUGAUUUGAACAGAAAAAGGUGUUCCUAGGUUUGGAAAAGACAAACAGUUCAAGGCUGUGGAGACUCGGCUCUGGACCCCUUUUCUAGGGUUCCUUUAAGCGACUUGUCCGCUGGAAGAAACUGAGCAGACCAUUCUAUCCUAAUGGGUGAUCAUCGAAAUGGAAGUGCCCAACCUUCCAAUGGAAAGGCAGCAGGAAGCCCUUAUUCCAUUGAUCUAAAUACAUUUCAAUCACGAUUAAAAUCAUUUUAUUCACAUUGGGAUGAAUAUAAAACCGAACUCUGGGGAUCUUCUGAUGCAAUUGCAAUAGCAUGUCCUCCACCUUCAGAUGACCUGCGAUACUUGAAAUCUACUGCUCUGAAUUUAUGGCUGCUUGGUUUUGAGUUCCCAGAUACAAUUAUGGUCUUCAUGAAGAAGCAGAUUCACUUGUUAUGCAGCCAGAAGAAGGCUUCCAUUCUGGAGACUGUGAGGAAAACAAGCAAAGAGGCAGUUGGUGCAGAUGUUGUGAUGCAUAUCAAGGCAAAAGAUGAUGAUGGGGUUGCUCAAAUGGAUGCCAUAUUCCGUGCUAUCCGUUCUCAGUCAAAGGUUGAUGGCUCUGAUGUUCCUGCUAUUGGAUACAUAUCAAGAGAAGCUCCUGAAGGAAAACUCCUUGAAACAUGGGCUGAUAAACUGAAAAAUACCGGUUUUCAACUUACUGAUGUGAGUAAUGGGUUAUCUAGUCUGUUUGCUGUCAAGAAUAAUGAGGAGCUAACAUCAAUUAAGAGAGCAUCAUACCUGGCAACAAGUGUGAUGAAAAACUUUGUUGUUCCAAAGCUUGAGAAUGUAAUUGAUGAUGAGAAGAAAAUUUCUCAUUCUACAUUGAUGGAGGAGACUGAGAAAGUUAUUUUGGAACCUUCAAAAGUCAAUUGUAAACUAAAGGCAGAUAAUGUUGAUAUUUGUUAUCCCCCAAUUUUUCAGAGUGGUGGAGAGUUUGAUCUCAGACCUAGUGCUGUCAGCAAUGAUGAUUUACUUUAUUAUGACUCUGCCAGUGUGAUUAUAUGUGCAGUAGGAGCUCGGUACAAGAGUUACUGCUCAAACAUAGCUAGGACCUUCUUGAUUGAUGCAGAGCCCCUUCAGAGUAAGGCUUAUGAGGUUCUUCUGAAAGCCCAUGAAGCAGCCAUUGGGUCCUUAAAGCCAGGCAACAAGAUCAGUGCUGCAUACCUGGCUGCACUGUCUGUUGUACAAAAGGAUGCUCCUGAGUUGGUUUCUAAUUUGACUAAAUCUGCUGGGACAGGCAUUGGCAUUGAGUUUCGUGAGUCAGGUUUGAAUCUUAAUGCUAAAAACGAGCAGAUAGUUAGAGAAGGCAUGGUCUUCAAUGUUACACUUGGAUUUCAGAACUUGCAAAGCGAGAGCAGUAAGCCAAAGAGCAAGAACUUUUCAAUGCUUCUUGCAGACACAGUCAUAAUUGCCAAAGAUAAGACAGAAGUUGUAACUUCUCUGAGCUCUAAAGCUGUUAAGGAUGUGGCUUAUUCAUUCAAUGAGGAUGAGGAAGAAGAGAGGCCUACCAAAAAGGCUAAGGUUGAUGUCAGUGAGCCAGUCAUGACUAAAACAACUCUUAGAUCAGACAACCAUGAGAUAUCAAAGGAGGAGCUUCGAAGGCAGCAUCAGGCAGAACUUGCUCGCCAGAAAAAUGAAGAAACUGCGAGGCGGCUUGCUGGAGGAGGAAGUGAGACAGGAGACGACCGCACUGCUGUGAAGACUUUAGCAGAUCUGGUUGCCUACAAGAACAUAAAUGACCUUCCCCCGCCCAGAGAUAUGAUGAUUCAGAUUGAUCAGAAGCAUGAGGCAGUCCUUUUGCCUAUAAAUGGAAGUAUGGUGCCUUUUCAUGUGGCUUUCAUUCGAACUGUUUCCAGCCAGCAGGACACCAAUCGCAACUGCUACAUCAGAAUUAUUUUUAAUGUUCCUGGGACUCCUUUCAGUUCCCAUGAUGUAAACUCAAUGAAGUUCCCAGGUUCUAUAUAUUUGAAGGAGGCUUCAUUCCGUUCCAAGGAUCCAAGGCACAUAAGUGAGUUGGUGCAGUCCAUUAAAACACUUAGACGACAAGUUGUGGCCAGGGAGUCUGAGAGGGCUGAGAGAGCAACCUUGGUUACUCAGGAGAAACUACAGCUAGCCAAUAAUAGAUUUAAGCCUAUUCGGUUGCCUGAUCUUUCGAUCCGGCCUCCUUUUGGUGGACGGGGAAGGAAGAUACCUGGUACACUUGAGGCUCAUGUGAAUGGAUUUCGUUACUCUACCACUAGGCAAGCUGAACGUGUAGAUGUAAUGUUUGCCAACAUUAAACAUGCAUUUUUUCAGCCAGCAGAAAAUGAAAUGAUUACACUCCUGCACUUCCACCUGCACAACCAUAUUAUGGUAGGAAACAAGAAAACCAAGGAUGUCCAGUUUUAUGUUGAGGUGAUGGAGAUGGUCCAGAAUGUAGGAGGCGGAAAGAGAUCUGCCUACGACCCUGAUGAGCUUGAAGAAGAGCAAAGGGAGAGAGACAGGAAGAACAAAAUCAAUGUAGAAUUUCAGAGCUUUGUCAAUCGGGUCAAUGAUCUAUGGGGGCAACCCCAAUUUCGUCGCCUUGAUCUUGAGUUUGAUCAACCUUUGAGAGAACUUGGCUUCACUGGGGUACCUCAUAAAUCCUCCGUAUUUAUCGUUCCUACUUCAGCCUGUCUUGUUGAACUGAUCGAAACACCUUUCCUUGUCGUCACUCUUAGUGAGAUUGAGAUUGUGAAUUUAGAGAGAGUUGGUCUUGGGCAGAAGAACUUUGAUAUGACAGUAGUAUUCAAGGACUUCAAGCGGGAUGUUCUCAGGAUUGAUUCCAUCCCUUCCACUGCUCUCGAUGGCAUCAAGGAGUGGCUUGACACAACUGACAUUAAGUAUUAUGAGAGCAGGCUAAAUCUGAAUUGGCGACAGAUAUUGAAGACAAUCACCGAUGACCCACAGAGCUUUAUAGAAGGUGGGGGUUGGGAGUUUUUGAAUUUGGAGGCUACUGAUUCAGAAUCUGAGAAUUCAGAGGAGUCAGACAAAGGUUAUGAACCAUCAGAUCUUGAACCUGAGUCUGAUUCUGAAGAUGAUGCUUCUGAUAGUGAAUCACUAGUGGAGUCCGAGGAUGAGGAAGAGGAGGAUUCCGACGAGGACUCAGAAGAAGAGAAGGGAAAGACAUGGGAAGAGUUGGAGAGAGAAGCAAGCAAUGCCGAUAGGGAGAAAGGGGAUGACUCUGACAGCGAAGUAGAGAGGAAAAGAAGGAAGAUGAAAGCUUUUGGCAAGUCACGAGCCAGUAUAAGUAGUAGUGCUCCAAAGAGAGCCAAGCUAAGAUAGACCAUUAAUUUUGUAUUUUGUUACUGGUCUGUUUGUUGUCUAUUUUAGACGCCACCAAGCUGUUGCUGCCAGAAGCAGUACUUAAGCUUGGAAGUUCCUUAUCAGUGUAACUGGGGUUUUAUUUCCAUUAUAUAUCUGUAGGCACUUAUGGAAUCCUUGAAUCUAGCUUUUUCUAUUAAUGUUGUUACAUGGCUCUCACUUUGGA